AUGAGCGAGGUAGACAGAAGGGGCUCUCAGUAAACCACCAAGCGGAGGACAAAAACGAUCACAAUCCGCUUUGCCGGUUCCAUUUGUGUUUAUAGAUAAGAUAUCGACGAUAUUAGAUAUAUAAUUGAUGAUAUUAGUACAAUUUGUUUAGGGAAAUUUGAUAACCGUAAGCAAACGCAGUUGCCAUUCCAGAAAGCCAGCCUAAUCAUCCAACAACCGUGCAGUAUCAAUGAGCUGAUAAGAAGAAUUUAUAGUGGUUGUUAAGUUAGUGCUAUUUCAGAAUCAUUCACAUUCAAGAGAUAGAGAUUUUAUUAAUUAUCAUACCCUCGAAGAUGACUGCUGAUUUAGAGUUAAUUAAAAAGCACAUUGGAGAGUAUCCCGAUUUUCCCAAAAAGGGAAUUCUAUUCAAAGACAUUUUUACUGCCCUGCGAAGUGGUCCGGUGUGCCAGGCUUUGAAGCGGCUCAUAAUCGCACACAUUCGCGCUACCUGCCCGGACGUGCAGGCCGUCGUUGGACUCGAAGCUAGAGGGUUUCUGUUCAGUUUGCUGAUUGCGGCCGAGCUGGGCAUUGCAUGCGUACCGAUUCGUAAGAAAGGGAAACUUCCCGGCGAAUGCGUGAAGUAUGAAUACAAACUGGAAUACGGAACGGACGUUUUUGAGAUUCAGCAAGGUAGCAUCGCGCCUGGUCAGAAGGUGUUGAUUAUCGAUGACCUGCUCGCCACGGGAGGAACGAUGGAUGCCGCCAACAAGCUCGUUCAGAAGAUCGGAGGCGUUGUCGAGCAAAACUUGGUCAUUAUUGAGUUGACCAUGUUGGGAGGACGCAAAAAGCUGGAGGCUUCCGGCUUCAAUGUACAUUCCUUUAUUCACUACGAUGACGUCGAGUAACAUGAAAGCAAUCUAAAAGACAAACAACUCAUGAGACGGAGUUUAUCCCGGAAGAACUCCUGUUUUGCGAAUGUACCUUCUGUUUACAAUCAAUUUUUGCUGUUAGAUAUUUUGUUUGACUUUAAAUAAUGUUUUUCUCAUUUAUGUUACAAUAAUAAAUAUGUUUUAUAAGAACCUAAA